AUGAGCUCCCAGAUUCGUCAGAAUUAUUCCACCGAGGUGGAGGCCGCCGUCAACCGCCUGGUCAACAUGCAUCUGCGGGCCUCCUACACCUACCUCUCUCUGGACUUCUCUUUCCACCGGGAGGAUUUGACUCUGGAGGGCGUGGGCCACUUUUUCUGCAAAUUGGCCGAGGAGAAGCUCGAGGGCGCCGAGCGUCUCUUGAAAAUGCAAAACCAGCAUGGCGGCUGCGCCCUCUUCCAGGACAUGCAGAAGCUGUCCCAAGACGCUGUGGAAGCCGCUGUGUUCACGGAGAAGAACCUGAACCAGGCCCUUGUGGAUCUGCAUGUCCUGGGUUCUACCCAUGCAGACCCCCACCUCUGCGACUUCCUGGAGAGCCACUUCCUAGAUGAGCAGGUGAAAUUCAUCCAGAAGAUGGGCGAUCACUUGAUCGACCUCCGCAAGCUGGCUGGUCCCCAGGCUGGGCUGAGCGAGCAUUUCUUUGAAAGGCUCACCCUCAAGCACGACUAG